UUUUACUUUUUUAUUUAUCUUUGAUGAAUGUGACUAUUGAGUUAAUAAUCACUAAAAUGUUUCCUUUAGUUAUAUGUUUUUUUAUGUCCUUAAUGGCUUACCAUGUUACGUAUAGAAUAAUUCCUAAAAUCAAAGAUAUGUUUAUCAAAUCUAAUCUUUAUGGAAUUGAUUUGAACAAAGUUAGUUCUCAAAAAAUUCCUGAAGCAAUGGGUGCAGUUUCUGGGUGCAUCUUUUUAAUAACUCUAUUUUUAUUUAUUCCUGUUCCAUUCACCAGCAACAUAUUGGAUAAAUCUAGUUUUCCACAUCACGAAUUUGUUGAACUUAUUGCUGCAUUACUCUCGAUCUGUUGUAUGUUGUUAUUGGGAUUUGCAGAUGAUGUUCUAGACUUGCGAUGGCGGCAUAAAUUGCUUCUUCCCACUAUAGCUUCAUUACCAUUGUUGAUGGUUUAUUAUGUCAAUUUUAAUUCUACAACAAUCUUAAUUCCAAAACCAUUUCGAGAAAUAUUUGGUUUGAGUAUUAAUUUAGGUUCAUUAUACUACAUUUUUAUGGGAAUGCUAGCAGUCUUUUGUACCAAUGCAAUUAAUAUUCUUGCCGGUGUAAAUGGUUUAGAGGCAGGUCAAAGUGUUAUAAUAGCACUAUCUAUAAUAAUAUUUAAUAUUAUUGAAUUAGGUGGGGAGUUGUGGAAGACCCACAUGUUUUCAUUGUAUUUUAUGAUUCCAUACAUUGCUACAACCAUGGCCUUACUGCGACAUAAUUGGUAUCCUUCGGAUGUAUUUGUUGGAGAUACGUUCUGCUAUCUUUCUGGUAUGACUUUUGCCGUUGUGGGCAUAUUGGGUCAUUUUAGUAAAACAGUUUUACUGUUUUUCAUACCACAGAUUUUAAAUUUUUUAUAUUCUAUACCUCAAUUGUUUCAUUUAAUUCCUUGCCCCAGGCAUAGAAUUCCCAAAUUAAAUGAGAAUUCCAAUAAACUAGAAAUCAGCAUAACUGUAUUCAAGCUUUCUGAACUAAGUAAUUUUUCCUAUUAUGUGAUCACUGCAUAUAAAUUUUUUAAAAUUAUAGACUGGGAUGAGAAGCAUGAUUACGUUGUUACAAAUAAUCUAACUUUGAUAAAUUAUCUGCUACGAAUUUUUGGCCCAAUGCAUGAACCUAAGUUGACUUCUAUAUUGCUAUUCUUACAAGUAAUUUGUUCAUUGAUUGCUUUUACAAUUCGAUAUCCUUUAGCUUCUUUAUUUUAUGAAAUUUGAGAGAUUUAGAUAAAUCUAGUCAUGCGAAAAUUCUGUU